AUGCAGGUUUGGGAGUGGAGCGGUGCCGAAGCCACUACAGUGCACCUCCGGCAGCGCCAGGAGCCGCGGCGGAGCCGGCGCACUGGGACGAGUUGCCCCGACUAUCCCAGUCCUGGCCAACGGCGAUUUUUCAACCGCCGGCAGAUCGCCGAGUUUUGGAAGCAUUGUGCCGCAACCGAUGCAAAUGGGGCGGCACAGGCUGGGGGCCGGCCCACGGGGCCGGCCGGCAUCAUGAUCGCGAGGGGCGUGUGGAAUCGCACCAUCUUUUGCCGACAAGGUGCUAAAGCAAUCGGAGGCGUCGAAGCACCCGGCUUCGAGGAGAUGAUCCGCUCCUAUGUGCGCACGGCUGUGGCCACCAAUGCCAGCUACCAAAACACGAAGUGGGUCCUUGGCCUUGGACAGAUGAUGGUAGCUGGCACGGGCGUGCUUGUGCCCACCACUUUCCAGGGGCAGCAGCCUGAAGACCAUCAGCCGUGA